UAGAUUCAGAGAGCUGUGGUUCUCCAGACAGAGUUCUUUUUUUAUACAUUAAGCCAACAAUAUUUUGCUAAGGGUGCUGAUAGGUGGAUAUAAAGUAUCUCUCUUACUGAACUGGUCUUAUAAAACUGAUGCAGCCUACAUUUAUUUCCCACUCUUAUCUCUCUCACACAUACACAAACUCAGAGCUGCUGUGUCUGUGUAUUUCCUUAACUUCACAGGCAGCUGUUGUCAGAUCACUGCCAGAAGCAACGGUCUGACGGACACUCACACACCGGGCAGGCACUUUCUAUCAACACUGCAACCCAAGAGGGCAGCUUCCCAACAGAUCACACUUUCGAUCUACUGUUGGGUGUUCAGGACUUUGCAUAAAUGAUGUGACGGGACUAUAAAAAGCUGUAAACAAUGAACACCUCAUCGAUGGAAUCUGCAUCGCUACUCUCCAACCAAUCGAACGAGAGCUGCAGCAGGGAGCCAGCUCUGGAGAACAUCCUGUUUGCUGGCUUCUACCUUGUUGUUUUCCUAUUGGCUCUGAUUGGGAAUGGGCUUGCUCUCUUGGUGUUUUCUCGGCAGCGAGGACCUGCGUCUCCUGCAAACGUCUUCUUGGUGCACUUGGCUGUGGCUGACCUCUGCUAUGUGGCCAUCCUGCCACUGCGGGCCACGUACCACUUAAUGGGAGGCCACUGGCCAUUCGGGGAAGUGCCUUGUCGGCUGGCAGGCUUCCUGUUCUAUGUAAACAUGUACGCCAGCCUUUACUUCCUGGCUUGUGUUGCAGGAGACCGGUACUUGGCCGUUGUACAUGCUGUGCGCUCAAUGAAGAUUCGCUACGCACGUUAUGCCCAUAUCGCCAGUGCUGCACUCUGGGUCCUGGUUACUGUGUCAAUGGUGCCUUUGCUCGUCACCCAGCAGACAGCACAGGUAGACAACACCACCAUUUGCCUGCAGCUGUACCGUGAGAAGACCUCUCGCCGUGCUCUGGUCUCCCUUGCUGUGGCCUUCACCCCACCCUUCCUCACCACCCUUGCAUGCUACCUGCUGAUUGCCCGCAGCCUGCAACAGGGAGUGCGGCUCGAAUCAGAGCUUAAGACCAAGGCACUGCGCACCAUUGGGCUGGUGCUGCUUAUCUACCUGCUGUGCUUCCUGCCCUACCACGUCAGCCGUGCCACCUUCAUCCUCUCUCACGGGCAUCCCGGAGCCUCCUGCCAGGCCAGGAGAGGCCUGUUGUUGGGCAACAGGCUCACCUCCUCCCUGACCUGUCUUAAUGGUGCUCUUGACCCACUGGUUUAUCUCUUUGGCGCUGAGAAGUUCCGGGACAGUCUGAGACGGCUUCUCUGUGGGGAAAAGGCUGGGCAGUCAGUGGCUACCAAUGGAGAAGGGAAGAGGACCCAUGAGAGCUCAUUGAGCGCUAAGUCUGAGUUCUGAAGAGAGGAGAGGCUGGUCCUCAACCCUAAUGGAACAUGUCCACUUCCACAGCCAUAUUUUGAGGGUGUGCCAAAUGUAAAUAACAAUAAUUGUCAUGAUGAAGUCAAUAACUGUAGGCAGUUACCAUUUAAAGCUACAGUAGUAAGGGUUCAUUUCAGUUCUGUCUGUUUGCUUUCUGUUGUCUAACAAUUGCAAGUUGCCCAUUGAUCCUCAGUCUUCCUAAGACAGUAUGUGGAUGGCAGCCCUGAGGUGACAUUGAAAAUGGCCAUUUCAAAUUGAGGGGAAAAUGGGAAAAACACAUCACUAGACACUUGUUUAUACCGGUACAAUAGCUUGGUCAGACCUACAGUAUACAGCUAUUCCAGAGUACGGUGUAACUCUUAUCUGGGACCCAUUCCUCAUUCUUACAGGACUGCUUUUGAAUGAAACAAAUCUUCAUUUUAUUUUUGAUCGCUUUCUUAGCAUAUAGUAAUAUUUUUUUUAAUUAAAAAAAAAAAAUCUGAAUGAGAACAUUCAUUUACGAUAAAAAACAAUAGGCUCUGCUCAGGUGUUGUUUAAAUGUAGUUUUUUCGAAGUCUGUUUGAAUGAAUAAAAUUAAGCUGGAUAUUUAUGAUAUUAUCUUUAGCGCCAUCUAUUUAUGAUGAAAUUAAACCAUCAAUAGACCAGACCAGUUUUAGGAAUCUCAAACUUGGUUUUAGUGCUAAAAACAUUUGAAAAACCAUUGUUUAAAGAACUCAUGAGCUAAAGGUUUGUGCAUAAAGCCCAAUGUUACAUUGAUCCUAGAACCCUAGACCUGUGUCCUUUAAGAACAGCUUAGUGCCUUCUUGCAAACCCACACUUAGAGCAUCGCUAAAGACUUUGGAUAUGCACUAAUAGACGAUUCCUGAUAUUUAAAAUGUGUCCACCAUAAAAUUGUCAUCAUAAUAAACUGCAGCCCACAUUCCUAGUCCCACAAACAAACACAUUUUCUUGGGGUUCAUAUUUGGAAAAUGUAAUACAUUGUAACGGAGGAGGCUGUGUGGUCCAGUGGUUAAAGAAAAGGGCUUGUAACCUGGAGGUCCCCGGUUCAAAUCCCACCUCAGCCACUGACUCGUGUGACCCUGAGCAAGUCACUUAACCUCCUUGUGCUCCGUCUUUCGGGUGAGAUGUAAUUGUAAGUGACUUUGCAGCUGAUGCAUAGUUCACACACCCUAGUCUCUGUAAGUCGCCUUGGAUAAAGGCAUCUGCUAAAUAAAUAUAUAAAUAAUGAGUGUAAUGCAGUCUUUGUGGUAGAAUGUGAUCAAAUAUUUUAACCGUUGCUUUGAUUAUAAGUCAGUUAUACAUUUUCACUAUCUGCAUGUAAACUUUGUGUAAUUGUGGCACUCUUUGUUGGACUUAUUAAAAAAUGCAUUUAAAAUAAAUGUUCUUCAGUAAGCAAUACUGCCAUUACUGUAAUGUUGUAAAAUUCUGACAUUUACUGCAACGUGCAACAUCAAAUACUACAAGUAACAACAUUCAUUUACAUUUUGGUGUACAAAUUGUUGUACACCUAAAACAUGUACAAAAAUAAGUUAUAAUAAAUAAUCAGCCAUAUAUAGUUGUUUAUAGUUAUUUAAGUAAUAAAGCCAGCCCCAUUUUCUUUUAUAACUUUGCCCCUUUUUAGAUAUCACAUCUUUAUAUGACUCAUCCCUUUACUUUUACUCACCUUUUUUUGUAUAAUACAUGAAAUAGUUUUGGUCACAUAAUAAGAAAAGAAUCUGUGAAAAACAGCUCUCUAAUGAACAUAACAAUAACUUUGUGAUGUGCACUUUCUUUUGACAAAUGCUCCCUUAUUGUCUGUAACUCCAUGAUAUCCCAAGGGUCCAUUCCAAAGUCUGAAUGAUGCUGUUACAGAUAAAACCGUUCUGUGGUCGUAUGGGGUAAAUGUAGAUGAUAAUACUGCAGGUAGCUGGCUGUCCUUAAGCUCUCACCAUGCAAUGCAAACCAGAACGGCUGCAUAGGAAAGCCAGUGAAAAGAUUGUUCCUUUGUGGACACUUUAACUGUGACCAACUCAGUCAUCUAAUUUAGUUCCUUUCUCAUGAAUUCUGAUGACCACAAAUCAGAAUUUUUAAAUGCAACUAUGUGGGGGUCCGAUGCUUUUCAAUGGGCCAUUAUACCCUAUGAGGCGAGGCACUAUUUUCACAUCUCACCCAUUUUGGAAUGGAAAGGACUGUUAAUAAGAUCAGAAAGACGCAUUUCUUUGUUGUGAUUUUCUUUAUACUAUAGAAUUCACUUUCAUUGUGCAAAUUCGUAUAUAAAAGGACUGAGUUUCUUUGUCGUAAUGAAGGCUACCAUAAUCGUUUUUUUUUUCAAUUAAUUGUAUGAUUUUAUUGUCUAUUGUGAUGUAUUACUAUAUUCCUGAUAUAAUUAUGCUUUUUUCCAUGAAGACAAACUCAUUUACAUCACACAAUUCAGCUUAUGGGACUACCCUAGCGACAGAUAGGAUAGUUUAUUUCUGUAUGUGAUAUUUAAAAAGUUUGAUGCUGCCAUCUAGUGACUUCUAUCAGCAAUUGCAGCCGAUGGUACGGGCCAAUGAUGUAGAGAACUGUUAUUGUUAGCCGAGACUAAAUAAACAGAAGCUGACUCAGGCUCUUAAAGAUGACUCCUAACACUGACACAGAUACAUACAGCAUAUAACUUAGAUCUCUGGACUAACUUCAAGAAAGGAGAAAAAGGUAUGCAAGGUAGUUUUCAUUUGGUUCUCUCCAUAGGGUUGAUGAAUAGAAAGGGUUAAAUGUAGGAAGCACUUACAGAAAUGGCAAACAAGCAAGGGUCAUUAUGUACCACAUUGCUAAAAUAAAAGGUGCAGUUCCUGUCAGUGAUGUCAAAUGACUGUACAGAUAGUGCUGGUAUAUGUAAGAAAGGGGGAGUGACUGCAGUUUGUGGGCUUGCAAUAUAAUACAAUACAAAUGUAUUUUUAUAUAGCUCAUAAAAGCUUCACCCCAACCGUGCAGUUAUCCUAUGCUGGUAGCAGCUGAUGCAGCAGAUCAGAAUUCAUGAACCGCAGAGAGUGACAUGGCAGAGUAAGGAAACACAACAAGAGAUUGUCUUAGAAGUGAAUCAGAAGAAGAGAUCUUGGAAGUGACAAAUAGCACAUUUCAAGCUAACAGUCAAGGGGGGACUUGCUUAGAAAUGAGUCCCAAACUGAAACAUGUUUUAGUUUUGUAUGUUUUUUUUAACUCUUUAUGGCCUGUUCAAUGGUCACAAUUAUUAGUUCCAGUAUUUGCUUGUUUUUGCAGUUUCUCUUGUUCCUUUAUUUAAUAUAUUAAACAUACAUUGCAACACAAACUCUGCAUAUUUGGUGAACUAUCAAUAAACAUUAUCCUGUGCCAGUACGGGGCAAAUAGAUUCAUUAGCCAUGAGGGCGAGUGGAUGGAAAAGUUCAUUACAAGCUCUGUAUCUUUCUGUAAAAUCUGAAUCAGAUGACUAACAGUGCAUUUACUUAAAAAGUAAUACUGAAAUAUCUGACCCUGGAAUUCACACUGGUUGACGAGUGCAUUUCUGCAAUGUAUGGCUUUUGUCAGUAAACAGUAUAAACCAGCUGACUGAAUUUGAUUUUUCUUUAAUAAAUGUCAAACUUUGCUAUUAAUGUGUAAUCUGUUUCUGUUUAUAAACAUGUUCUAACAUAACGUCAGGGACACGGUCCUGUGCCUGGUAACUGUCUCCCUGCAUACUUGCAGUCUGCAUUGCAGGGUUAAGCACUCGGUGAACAAAGAAACUGUAGAAGCUGUGUAGCCCUUGGUCCAUUAAAAUAGACUGGAACUACACCGGAAAUACAUCGGCUGGACCAUAAGGGCAAACACCCACCCACACAGUACAGUACAUGCUGUGUUUACAAGGAGGACGCUUUGCAAGGGAUUUCUAGGGAUCUUCAGCCAUUUCUUGUGCUUUUUCCUUAUGGGUCAUAGAGUGCAACAAUAAAGUUCCAUGCUGCAUUAAUGCCAUGUUACUUAUCAAGUCCAGCUAAUGCUUCAAGGUCACUGACACAGUCUGCACCAUGAUCCAGUAGAACUGCCAGCAAGGAUGGGACAGAGUCAUAGCCUGUCAAAGCACAGGCAGAAAAAAGGAUGACAUGACUACCUAUUAUUUUGAGUAGGGAUGAAUCUGUUAUUGCUAAAGUUCAGCCACAUUCUAAAUAGCAGACCAGUAAAACAAUACCAUCCGUGUCUGCGUUUAGACUACAGCUCUUCUCUGUCUAACGAGAGCACACUUUCUAUUCUGAUCUACUGCAUGCAAAAUCAUUCUUGUGUCUGUUCUUCAUGGGUACAGUGUAGCUCUUGUGGUCUCCUUGCCAUCUGCAGGAUACAUAUUUUGGUGUGGCUUUAGAGCUCAUUACUUGAUACUGGUAACACCCUAGCUCAAGAUUUGUCUAUUCCAGACGUAGCUUGAUCAGUGUUGUAUGGUGGUGGCUCAUGAACACUUUCUCCCCUUAAGCAUGUGAGAUUAGCCUUCUGGGUUUUCUGCAUUGUCCCAUCUUCAUGGUAAUGUUGGCACUGCAAUAAUAGGCUGAAAAAAGUCUUCAUGAUAACAUCAUCACGUGAUUUUGCCAUUGUCAGAGCUCUGCGGAAAACAAUUAAUAACCCAAUAUAUAAUACAUAUACAAUUAAUAACCCAAUAUAUAAUAGAUAUACCAUUAAUAAUCCAAUAUUGAUGUGUUUGGGUUUUCCGAAUUAAUGGUGACUUUUUUACAUCCUGUUUAACCAGAGGGGUAUCAGAUGGUCAAGAGACAGUUAAGUUAUUUUACUAUGUUGACCACCAAAUGGUUGUCAUUUCAUUGAGGCUUGAGUACAAGCCUGUUGUGUCAUUCUCCCCACAAUCUGAAAGGAGCACAGAGCAACGUUUGCAUUUGUGCCGGUGACAGAGAGCGAAUGAAUCCUAGUCAACAAUCUCCCUCCCGACCUGUGAGGGCACUGUAUAACAGGAACAGUGUGCCCCGGACUGGAUGGUCUGGCAGUUCAUUCCAGGGUCAUUCGGAAGCCAACCAUCCAGGAAGGAGGCGGAAUCGCACUGCCCGAAGUCAUCACCCUAAUGCAGUACGCGAUGUGUCAGUCAUGGAUUGGAGGAGACAUGAUUGAACUAGCUAUCGCAGGGGGCGUGACUAAGGGUAUAACAGGGGAUGUGAUGAUGUAAUCUGUUCCUUUGUUAUGGUUAUCAUAAGGACCGGUAAAGGAAACAGAGAGUUGGAAAACGUAUCAUGAAUGUUAAAUGUUUUGUUUGUCUGUCAAAACUAACUGUCUGUGUUUGUCAUUGUUAGGCGGCUAACACGAACCGGGAGCUGUCGCUACCAGCCAGCACCAAGCCUGGACUACACUGCACCACUGUCACUAUUAUUGUCUUGCACUACAUCUGCACUAAGAGCACUCACUUCAGGAGAGGUGACUGUGUCUGUGUUGUGUGUUAUUCUUGUUGUAUUAUUUCAGGACUGAACCCCGUGGAUUAUAUGUCGGUGAUACACAUCGCUGUGUAGAACCAGUACUAUUAUUUAACUGGCUGCAAACUGGGAAAAUAAAUAAAAGAACUGUUUUGAACUGUGAA